AUGGCCCCGCCGCAGAGGUCUUCCUCCUCGCGACGCAAUGGAUCGCACCGUGCACAACGAGAGUCCUCCAGACGACGCCGGGAUAUUGAAUCGGGGCCCUAUGCCGACUUUCCUUCCACCUCAUCCGCAAAUCGACACCAUACCAGGGACUCUAACACGCAAAGAGCGAGGGAUGCAGACGAGGAAAUGAUGUAUGGGGAAGAUUUCGGGCGCCACAGGUCCUUCGUGAGACCAGAUCGAGGUCGUAUUGACCCAGAUCACCCCAACUACCACUACCACCAGCAGUCUCAUAAUAUGCCCACAUACCCGUCGACGACCGGCCACGAUCCAGCCCUGGAUGACGAUGAAGAGCAGGAGAGCACUAGUUUACAAACCUUCGAAGUCACCACCAAAGAUACUAUGGCUGCCGACCAUGGAAACAUUAAUCGACCCAUGGAACGUCUCCCAAGCCAACACCAUCACCGGAAGAAGCGAUCAUCUCGAAAAAUCGCAAAGCACGGCAAGUCCGGGCGACGUAAACAGAAGCAAUUGGAGCCCGUACAGCCUCCGAGUUUGUGGAAUGUCUAUUGCGCCAUCAUCACCUUUUGGGCUCCAGAUUUCGUUCUCCGUUGUUUUGGGAUGCCUGCGAAGGAGCAACGGAGUGCCUGGCGUGAAAAGAUUGGGCUCAUCGGUGUUAUCCUCCUCGUUGCAGCAUUUGUUGGUUACCUCACCUUUGGUUUCACUGCAACCGUGUGUGGCCAGCCGCCCACCCGUCUGAAGGCUAAUCAUGUUGGCCGGGGUUAUAUGAUCUUCCACGGGAAGGCUUACGAUCUGUCUAAGUCGACGCACCCUGCUGCGGUCGGUAUCCCUGGAGGGUCAAACGUCCUGUAUGACCUGCCACACAAAUAUGGCGGACAAGAUGGGAGUUUCUUUUUUCAGAAAGUGAACGGCGCUUGCAAGGACUUGAUCACUCUUGCACCUGGAUCGGAUGUCCCUACCAACUCAAAAGGCGACUUAGCUUGGUACUUUCCCUGCACCGCUCUUAAUCAGGACGGCUCCAGCAAACCCAAUUUCACCGAGCCUUACUAUCUUGGGUGGGCCUGUCACACGUCCGGUUCAGCCCGCAAGGCGUUCUACGGCCUGAAGAGUGAUGGAGAUGUCUACUUCACAUGGGAGGGCAUUAAAAACAAGAGCAGAAACCUCGCUGUCUUCUCAGGGGACGUAGUGGACCUCGACUUGCUGCUCUGGUUUAACAAGUCCCAGGUCUCAUAUCCCACCAAAUUCGACCAGCUCCGGGAAAACCCAGAUGUCCGUGGUGUCGAUCUUACGUACUAUUUUCAAACGGGUGUUGAGAAGAAAAUUGGGAGGUGCUUAACUGAGAUCGCCAAGGUCGGUAGUAUAGACACCGAUACUGUUGGAUGCAUCGCUUCGAAAGUCGUUCUAUAUGUGUCACUGGUCUUCAUCUUGUCCGUCGUCAUUGUCAAGUUCAUCUUUGCCCUACUCUUCCAGUGGUUCAUUUCCCAUCGUUACGCUGCUCAAAGGACGAGCAUGGCGUCCGACCCCAAAUUGCGCAGCCAGCAAAUCGAGGAUUGGUCGAACGACAUUUACCGGCCUGGUCCCCGUGUCGCAGAUCCUCCUGUGCCAGAUCGUACUAGCAAGCGAGCUAGCUUCUUCCCUACCACCUCUCGGUUUUCCAGCCCAUACGUCAUUGGCAGUGGCGGGAAACAGAAAUCGCAGUAUAUAACUAUGGCCAGCCAUAAUUCCACGACUCGGCUCAUUCCGAGUACAUCUGGUUCCAUGUACAGAUCAGGUGAUGAUGAAAGCGCAGGUACGUUGAGCGCGGAAAUGUCCCGUCAGACGGGCAGUCGGACGAGUUUGGUACCACCGACAACACAGGAUAAACGUUAUUCAACAGCCGUAGGAAACGCAGGGGGCACUUUCGGACCUGCUGGAUUCAACCCGGAUUUGGUAAUUCCUCAACCGCCGCCAGAAUGGCAACCAUUUGGAUAUCCUUUGGCCCAUUCUCUCUGCCUAGUUACUUGCUACUCGGAAGGCGAAGAGGGUAUCCGCACAACAUUGGAUUCAAUUGCCCUGACAGACUACCCUAACAGCCACAAGACUAUCAUUGUCAUCUGCGAUGGUUUAAUCAAGGGCAAAGGCGAGGAAUUCUCUACCCCCGAGAUCGUUCUCCGCAUGGUGCAUGAUCACGUUGUCCCCCCCGAGGACGUGCAGGCUUACUCAUAUGUCGCUGUCGCCUCUGGAACCAAACGACACAACAUGGCCAAGGUGUAUGCCGGAUUUUACGAUUACGGCGAAACCUCCAUUGUGCCGCCUGAGAAACAACAGCGAGUUCCGAUGGUUGUUAUCGUCAAGUGCGGCACGCCGGAGGAAGCGACAGCAGCAAAACCCGGAAACCGCGGCAAGCGUGACAGUCAGAUUAUUCUUAUGUCCUUCCUGCAGAAGGUUAUGUUCGAUGAGAGAAUGACGGAACUUGAAUACGAUAUGUUCAAUGGCUUUUGGAACGUCACUGGAAUCCCACCCGACUUCUACGAAGUCAUACUCAUGGUUGAUGCGGACACAAAGGUCUUCCCCGACAGUCUGACCCACAUGAUCUCUGCCAUGGUGAAAGACCCCGAGAUCAUGGGUCUCUGUGGCGAGACGAAGAUUGCUAACAAGACCCAAAGUUGGGUUACGAUGAUUCAAGUUUUCGAAUAUUUCAUUUCGCAUCAUCAGGCCAAGGCCUUCGAAUCGGUCUUUGGUGGUGUGACAUGUCUUCCAGGUUGCUUCUCUAUGUACCGUAUCAAGUCACCGAAAGGGGGCCAGAAUUACUGGGUUCCCAUUCUGGCAAACCCGGAUAUAGUCGAGCAUUAUUCAGAGAACGUGGUGGACACGCUGCACAAGAAGAACUUGCUGCUUCUCGGUGAAGACCGUUACCUGACAACCCUCAUGCUUAAGACAUUCCCGAAGCGGAAGCAGAUUUACGUCCCGCAGGCAGUCUGCAAGACGAUGGCUCCGGAUGAGUUUAAGGUGCUACUCUCGCAGCGGCGACGCUGGAUCAACAGUACGGUUCAUAACCUUUUCGAGCUGGUUCUGGUUCGCGACCUUUGCGGAACGUUCUGUUUCAGCAUGCAGUUUGUCAUCUUCAUUGAACUUAUUGGUACCCUGGUGCUUCCAGCAGCCAUUUCGUUCACCUUCUACGUGGUGGUCAAGUCCAUCGUCUCGAAGCCCGUGCAGAUCAUCCCGCUUGUCUUGCUAGCACUGAUCCUUGGCCUUCCUGGCGUGUUGAUUAUUGUCACGGCCAGUCGGAAGAUCUACGUCUUAUGGAUGCUUAUCUAUCUGCUUUCGCUUCCCAUUUGGAACUUUGUGCUCCCGGUGUAUUCAUACUGGAAGUUCGAUGACUUUAGCUGGGGAGACACUCGUAAGACAGCUGGAGGUGACAAGGGUGGCCAUGACGCUGUCGAGGGUGAAUUCGACAGCAGCAAGAUUACCAUGAAACGGUGGCGUGAUUUCGAGAAAGAACGACGCCUCAAACUUCAAAACGGAUGGACACAGUCCCAACCAACAGGUCGGUACUCUCAGUAUGAGCCCUAUUCCGAUUACUAG